CAGCUGAGAGCCGAGCGGUAGCGGGUCUGGCGAGGUCUCAUACACCUGAGAGAAGAGAAUGUCAAGACGCAGUAGCCGUUUACAAGCUAAGCAGCAGCCCCAGCCCAGCCAAACGGAUUCCCCCCAAGAAACUCAGAUAAUCCAGGCCAAGAAGAGAAAAAUACCCCAGGAUAUCAGGAAAAGAAAAGAGGAAAAAGUCACCAAGAAACAUCAAUAUGAGAUUAGGAAUUGUUGGCCACCUGUAUUAUCUGGGGGAAUUAGUCCUUGCAUUAUCAUUGAAACACCCCACAAAGAAAUAGGAACAAGUGACUUCUCCAGAUUUACUAAUUACAGAUUUAAAAAUCUUUUUAUUAACCCUUCACCUUUACCUGAUUUAAGCUGGGGAUGUUCAAAUGAAGUUUGGCUAAACAUGUUAAAAAAAGAGAGCAGGUAUAUUCAUGAGAAGUAUUUUGAAGUAUUGCAUUCUGAAUUGGAGCCACAAAUGAGGUCAAUACUUCUAGAUUGGCUCUUGGAGGUAUGUGAAGUAUAUACACUUCAUAGGGAAACAUUUUAUCUUGCACAAGACUUUUUUGAUAGAUUUAUGUUGACACAAAAGGAUAUAAAUAAAAAUAUGCUUCAACUCAUUGGAAUUACCUCUUUAUUUAUUGCAUCCAAACUUGAGGAAAUCUAUGCUCCUAAAUUGCAAGAAUUUGCUUAUGUCACUGAUGGUGCUUGCAGUGAAGAGGAUAUCUUAAGGAUGGAGCUCAUUAUAUUAAAGGCUUUAAAAUGGGAACUUUGUCCUGUAACAAUCAUCUCCUGGCUAAAUCUCUUUCUCCAAGUUGAUUCUCUUAAAGAUGCUCCUAAAGUUCUUCUACCUCAGUAUUCUCAGGAAACAUUCAUUCAAAUAGCUCAGCUUUUAGAUCUCUGUAUUCUAGCCAUUGAUUCAUUAGAGUUCCAAUACAGAAUAUUGGCUGCUGCUGCCUUGUGCCAUUUUACCUCCAUUGAAGUGGUUAAGAAAGCCUCAGGUUUGGAAUGGGACAAUAUUUCAGAAUGUGUAGACUGGAUGGUGCCUUUUGUCAGUGUAGUAAAAAAUACUACUCCAGUGAAGCUAAAGACGUUUAAGAAGAUUCUCAUGGAAGACAGACAUAAUAUUCAAACACAUACAAAUUAUUUGGCUAUGCUGGAUGAAGUAAAUUACGUAAACACCUUCAGAAAAGGGGGACAGAUGUCACCAGUGUGCAAUGGAGGCAUUAUGACACCACCGAAGAGCACGGAAAAACCACCAGGAAAACACUAAAGUUAUUAACUAGGCAAAGAGGUUGGACUUGACCAAGUAGGAAGUAGAAUUUCAUACAACUAUGCUGUGAUUGUCCUAGCCAAUUCAGGAGUUUCACUGCCAUUCUUUGAUUUAAAAACCACUUAAAAUUGGCGCUAAAGGAGAAAUUUAUUUAAUUCCUAAUGUUAGCUGUUAAAGCAACAGCAAGACUUGUUUACAAAAUGACUUCAUUAUAUCCCCAAGAUUACUGGAUAGAAGCCAGCCAUGACUUAUGCCAUAGCAAUGUUUUUUUGAUCCAGUGUUACUACAUUUAUCUUGAUAAACUAAGAAUUUUAUCAUUGGUAUUUUGGACUACAUUAAAUGUUACCUUAAAGGGUACAAUAAAUAAUACAGUACUUUGAAUCUAGUUUUUGGAUUCUCAAAAUUCCUAUACUCUUGACUAGUGCAAUUUGGUUCUUCAUUGAAAAUAAAAUUUAAACUUGUUUACAAAGGUUUAGUUUUGUAAUAAGGUGACUAAUUUAUCUACAGCUGCUGUAGCAAGCUAUUAUAAAACUUGAAUUCUUACAAAUGGUGAAAUUUAAUGUUCUUAACUAGUUUAUUUGCCUUGCCAUAACAUAUUUUUUAACGAAUAAAGCUUAGAUGAACGUGGUGUUUAAGCUGUGCUCUAAAGGAGGGAGUACCAAAGAGAUUAUAAACAAGAUAAAUGUUGUGGCUCCUAUUUGGGGUUCUGACAGGUUGCUUUAUAAUAAACCUUUUGUAUAUCACAAUUCGGGUGAAGAACUUAAGUACCCUUUCAAACUAUUUAUAUGAGAAAGUCACUUUAUUAAUCUAAGAAAUCCCUAAGGUUUUUUUUUUUUUAAUUUAGCAUAAUUAGGGUUUUAUUUAUGUUUGAAAAAAUUGUUUAGGUCCUUUUAAAUUCUUACAAGAAAAGGACGGAGUCAAAGUGAUAAACCUUAACACUUGACCUAAACUUAUAUUUUCUUAAGGCAGAAGAGUAUUAAAUGUAUACUGAUUCCUACACAUCUAUUUAUUUAAAAAAAAGAAAACAAAACUUGACAUAAGAACUUGCUGUACAUAUACUAGCUACUUCUAAUAUUUUAAAUUAGCUUUACCUGUAAAAUAAAUUUCAGCCUU